AUGGAGGCUGGAGAUGGGGCGGCGGCCCGGUUGGACCAACCCGCGCCGCGACCGAGCAGACGGGCGUGCCCCGCAGCCAAUAGGAGCUCGCGCGUUCUCCGUUGCCAGGGGAACCGCCAACAGCAGGCCGUGUGGGCCGGAGAUGAGAAGUGUUGGAGGAUACUCCCGCGUCCUGCGGGACGUGGGCCAAACCCAGGACUCCAGGCUCUCCACACAGGGAUGAGCAUGGGGGUGCUGGCGUCCCUGCAUGGAUGGGGGCUUCUGGACUACAAGACAGAGAAAUAUGUCCUUACUAGGAACUGGAGGGUGGGUGCUCUCCAGAGGGUCCUGCAGCUUGGCAUCUUUGGAUAUGUAAUCGGGUGGUCCCUUCUCUUCAGGAAGGGUUACCAGGAGAAGGAGUCUGAUCCCCAGGUAUCGGUCAUCACCAAGCUCAAAGGAGUCUCAGUCAGCCAGGUCGAGGCGCUAGGAAGCAGGCUGUGGGAUGUGGCCGAUUACACAAAGCCCCCCCAGGGAGAAAAUGUUUUUUUCCUGGUGACUAAUUUCCUUGCCACACCAGAGCAAGUGCAGGGGACAUGCCCAGAGCACCCUUCUGUUCCCCUGGCUCCCUGCCUGGCUGACGAGGACUGUCCUGCUGGAGAGAUGCUGAGCCACAGCCACGGAUUCAAGACUGGGAAAUGCAUCACGUUUAACUCAACCUACCAGACCUGUGAGAUCUGGGGCUGGUGCCCCGUGGAGAGUGGCAGCGUGGUCAGGAAGCCCCAGCUGCUAGAAGCGGAAAACUUCACCCUGUUCAUCAAAAGCUCCAUCAGCUUCCCCAAAUUCAACUUCUUCAAGACCAACACUUUGGAGACAUGGGAUAAUACCUACUUCAAGGGCUGCAGGUAUGAUGCCCUCUCCAGCCCUUUCUGUCCAGUCUUCCGGGUGGGGGAUGUGGUGGAGGCAGCUGGAGGGGACUUUGAGGACCUGGCCCUCCUGGGAGGAGUCGUGAGGAUUCAGAUCAGCUGGGACUGUGACUUGGACCGCCCUGGCAAUGAAUGCCAGCCCUGCUAUUCUUUCUGGCUGCAGGAGAAGGGCUACAACUUCAGGGUCCUGUUGUCUCCAUUCUCCAGGACAGCUACAUACUGGUGGAAGCCCCCAGGCAUGGAGGCCCGAAGCCUGUUCAAACUCUUUGGCAUCCGAUUUGAAAUCCUCGUGGCUGGACAGGCUGGGAAGUUCAGUGCCAUCUCUACAGGGAUCACACUGGGCACAGGCAUGGCCCUCCUAGGGGUGGUCACCUUCCUCUGCGACCUGCUCCUGCUUUACGCGGAUUCAGAAGCCCCUUUCUACUGGGGGAAAAAGUAUGAGGAGGCAAAGGCCCCCAAGACCAGAGCGGAGCCAGAGUCAGCCUCAGCACGGGAGGAUCAUGAGGAGCCUGGAGGCACUCAGUCACAGUCCAUCCUCCUCAGGCAUUCAGAUCUCAUUGCUGGGAAUCAGGGCCUGGAUUCUAGCAUGGCCUAGCCUAGGGCUGCCCCAAGGACCCCAGCCAAUACCAUUUCCGUGCCUCUGGGGCUCCAAGACUGAGAUUCUUCAUCACUGCCUUUCCUGAACGAGUCCUAGCAUGGGAUCCUAAGACCCAACGACCACAUGUGCAUGGUCCUGGGAAACAGCAGCCUAGGGUCCUCCUUUCUUGGGGCUCCUAUUCAGCGGGCUUGAAUCCUGGCCUGGGCUGGGACCAUGCCUCACUCUGGGAGUUAGUUUCCUGGUCUGUUAAAUGAGGACUUGGACCUGAUGGCCCCUGAACUCCUAGAUCCUUU